GUAGAGCACACUGGGCAUUUUCUGAUCUGCUGGGAAAAUACAAUUAUUUUCUAUACGGGAGUUGUUCAUCAGUUCUUUCUCAGGGUAAAGUGGAUUUACACGCCGUUGUCCUGUCACACCGGCACUAUAAGGGUGUACCACAUGAGGCAGGAACUUACUGAACUUACAGGGCAGCUUGUCAACAUCUGAAGACAGGUUUUUUUGUCUAUCGACAGAAGACAGUGCAUAUUUUACAACUGUGAUUUGACUUUGUUUUCAAGGAGAAGUUAUGCUCUGUAAAAAAAGUGAAGAACUCAAACAAGCUCCCAGGAUUUGCUCGUGUGGAUUUUCAUGGCGGCGCAGAAUGAAACAUCCAGGUAUCAGACGUCUAUACUGGCUGCAGAUACUGCUGGUCGUCCUAUUGGCAGAUCAAGCGUCUUGUGUAGAAACCUCGACUGAACCUUCCAUCAUUGAUACCAUUCCUAUAACAGCUGCUCAGACGUCAGUUUACUACUUCCUUGAUGUCACUGUGUUUGUCACUGGACAGAAGAAGGACGAGUCAGACAUUAAGGCCUGGCUUGAUCAAGUGUUGCAAAACAAGCUGGGGGAUUGUGUGUCUCCAAGAAAGUCAACUACCUCUAAACAAAUAUCAUCUGCAAAUGAGACAACAGCCGCGACCACAGCUGCAGCAAUUACUACGGCAGCAACAACGAUCACAGAUGGAGCCACUGCAAUAACAGAAGCAACAACACCUACAGCAGCACCAACAACGACAGCAACAACAACGACACCACUAUCGUCGACCUCUGCAGAAACAACUACAGCAGCAACAACGACUGUAACAGCAAGUACAGCAGCAACGACAACCACAGCAGCAACGGCUACAACAGCAACGACAACAACCCCAGCACCGAAGAUUACAGCAGCAACGACCAGAGCAGCAACACUGACCACAGUGCCGACGACCACAACAGCAACAACUACAGCAGCAACAACAACUAAAGCACCGACAACUCCACAGCAGCAGUAG